AUGGGCAAAAUCAUCAUUUAUGAGCAUGCCAACUUCCAGGGUUUGUCCCGGGAAUUCACCACUAGCAUUUCCAACCUAAAAGUUGCAGAUUGGAAUGAUAUGAUCUCCUCAAUGAAAGUAAUUGGCCAGCCUUGGGUGGCCUAUGAGCAUGCUGACUACAGAGGCCAAUUUCUGGUAUUUGAGGAGGGAGAACAUAAGUUUGUUGAUAAAAAGAUGAAUGACAAGAUCAGCUCUCUGCAGCUGAUCACCGAAAAUCUGCACAAUCCCCAGAUCACUCUCUACGAACAUGCCAAUUAUCAAGGGAAGAGCAGAAUAAUAAGAGAAGAAACCAACCUGGGUGCAGGACAUGACAAUGACAUCAUGUCUUCUCACAAAGUCCAGAAAGGUGUGUGGCUGCUGUGUGAAAACAGUGAUGGAAGUGGAAUUCAAUACCUUGCUCGAGAGCACGAACACCUUCCAAAUCACAAGGCAAUCAAUUUCAAUGACAAACUUUCCUUCCUGCGCCCCCUUCGCCCUGGCAGUGGCUCUUAG